GGGCUACAGGUUGGUUUGUGCAUUUUGGAGUAGUGGUAAAUUUUUACAAGCAUAACUAUUUAUAUGCGGUUUUUAUGUAAAUAAACCAAAGCAUACGUAGUCAAAUAAUUUGUAAAGUCAACGCUUUCAGAUCAAUGACUUAACAUCAACAACUGUGUUUUGGCAUUAUUGAGAAAAGAAAAGAGAAAGAAAUAGAAAAUCUGAAGUGAAGUGCCACAAAACAUAAGUAACAGACAGACCAAUUAUAAACGAAUUUGCUAUAUAUAGAAAAUAGGCAAAAUAGAUAAAGCCAAUAAGCAACGAACGAACGAACAUUUCUAACCCUGUUUGACCACCGACUAGUAAACAACAUAAAACGCAUAAGAUAUGGAGGCCCCACCAAUGUUUAACAGCGUCGAAGACGAGUGCAGAUACUGGAAAGAGCGCUCAAAACAGUAUCACAAAGAGUGGACAGAUGUCAAACAGGAAUACGAUGAGUAUGUUGAACAGUCGAGAGAAAUGGAAGCUGAAAUGGACGCCACUCUGGAGCAAAAACAGAGUAUAAUCAAAGAUCUCAGAGCCAAGCUUAAUAUGUUAGAGAAAGAAAACGAUUCCCUCAAGCUCAAGCUAGACUCACAUGGCAUUGAAAUGUCAAAUCUGGAUAAGCAGCUGGAGACGGUAAAGAAGGAACGCGAUUCCAUGAAAGAAUACCUGCGACAAUUGGAGCAGAAAAACGAUGAUCUGGAGCGUGCACAUCGCAUACUCAACGAGAGCAUAGUAGACUUUGAGAAGAUGUUGGACAAAGCCUAUGAAAAGAAUGCACUCCUUGAGAUGGAGGUGGACGAGAAGGAGGUUCUGCAAGAGAAGUUACAGCGACUAAUGGACGAGACUCGUGAUCUCAAACAAGAGCUCAAUGUGAAGUCGCGCUACACUCCAGCGAAUGGCACAACAACAACAACAACAGCAUCAUCAGCAGCUGGUAACAGCUCGAUGAACUCCUCAGCAUCGCUGCCCAAUGGUAUUGUGGGCAAUGGUGAUAUACUGCUGCAACAUGACAAUGCCGCCACAAAGGCGACUAGCAUGAGUGUGAAUGCUCUAAAUGGCAGUUUAAAUAAUAGAAACGAAUAUAAUCAACAGCAACAUUCGCUUAAAAAUCCCGAGAACCUUAUCAAUGGCAAUGCUAUGAAUGCCAGCUCCCGCACCACGGCGCUCAACAUUGUGGCCGACAUGUUAAGAAAACUGAACGCCAUGGAGACAAAGCUGAAGACAUAUCGCGAGCAUGCGCCGCCAAUGCAGCCUCGUCAAUGACCAUCAGCAGCAGACAGUGGGCAACUAUUGCUGGAGUAGGCGAAUUGACAGCUGGGAGCAGCAGCAACAGCAGCAGCAAUCGCCACAUGUGGCAGCUGCACAGUUUCGUCUGCAGUUGCAGCAGCAGCUGCCGUUAUGUUUAGUUUUAUGUUUAUAAUUACAGUUAAUGCGCUACUGCCCCUCAAUUAUUUAUUUUCUUACAUUGAAAUGACUUGUAAAAAUGAAAAAUAGUUAUUCAACAACAACAGCAAGCAACUAGUAAAUAAUACGACAUUAUUUACAUAGUCUGCGGACAUCGAUGCCCCGCCCAACAUAACUGAUAGCGCCUUACUAAGUACUUGUAUUGUAAUUACAUUAAUCUUAAGUCUGAAGCUAAUCCGUUUUGAUUUCUCGUGUUUUAAGCAUUGUUGAACGGCCUUCAAUUGUUUAGUUAUUUGGCAAGACAUUCAUGGAAUGUUUGUAGGUAUAUCUAGAGUAUAGUCAUGUCCUGACGGAGCUUUGUUAGUGCACCAAUACAUGUACAUUUAGCACUCACAGACGUACAACACACACAUUUCGGACAUGGCUUAGCGCGUAAGACAUACAACUUAAGUUCAGCUGAGUCGAAAGUAUUACAGCCCCAAAAUCCGUACACACACACACAGAUACAGAUACAGAUAUAAAGAUAAACAGAUAUACAGAUACAGAUACUAUUUAACUGGCAACAAAUACUCGUAGCAUUAGUGAGGUUGAUGAAGAUCGUGUGGCACUUACACUUAAGUUAAAGACAAUUUAAGACACCCACAUCUCACACACACACA